GCCCCAGCACCCAGAGAUCAGCUCUGGCCUGCCCAUUUGGGGGAGUUCAGACUCCCUGCGUGUGCAGCUCUGGGCACUGCGUGAACCACAGGAGUUCUUUAAAACAGGAAGGAGUUUUGGUAAUGUUAGUUCAGCUCCACUGAUGGCAGGAGAAGGAAUGGUCCGAGUGUGGGGUGCCUGCACAGCUCUGCUGUGACCAGAUGGAACAUGAGGCCAGGUCUUUGAGAGUAUUUUCAUGGGGUACUGCUUAUAAUGGGGGUGGCAGCUGCUACCAGCCUGCGUGAGAGCCCUUGAUGCUGGUCAUGUCACCUGGGAUUUGUCAGAGAAUUACUAAUUUCCCUCAAGGGAGGUGAGGUAGGAAAGGGGAAAGGAGGAAGAUGAGGAUGGAGAAUUUUUGUUUUCACUGUAUUGAUUUCCUUUUCUGGUUUAUCUCUGUGUGUGGUGUUCCAGGUGUGUGAGUCAGGAUUAUCAGUAGGCGUUUGUCCUGAGAAAACUCCAGUAUCCAGUCUUCUUGAGAGCAGUAGAGAAGAAGGGUGCACUCACAAUGGCUGCAGAGUUGGAUUUCUCCCCUCCUGAAAUCCCUGAGCCCACAUUCAUGGAGAAUGUGCUUCGCUACGGACUCUUCUUUGGAGCCAUUUUCCAGCUGAUCUGUGUGCUGGCCAUAAUCCUGCCGGUGUCCAAGGCCCACAAGACAGACUCGGACAGUUUUGAGCCUAAGAAUUCAGAGACAGUGAAGAAGCCAAAGGCAACUGCUCCACAGAUAAGCAAGAAACCCAAGAAGGAAACCAAAAAGAAACGAUAAAGGCAUGACUGAUGAGCCUCAAAAGACCAAAUAAUCACUUGUAAUCAUGCUUCCUCAGAGACAACAUCAAAGGCAACUAACUAACUCUGUUAAAUGGUUUUGUGGCAUUGCCAUGUUUUACCUUUCAGGGACAAGGGAGAAGGAACUUACAAGAAUGGAAGGGGAGGGAUUCUGCCAUAGGUUUCUUGCAAGCAAAGAGAACUUCACAUAUCCAGUACUUCAUUUGACAUGAUUAAUGUGUCAGUCACCAUUAAUGUGACUUCUGUCAGUUCUCAUGGGUAGAGAGGCCCCUCGAUGCUGGCUGGGAUUUGUAACCAAGUCCCUGUGGAAGGGGGAGCAUGGAUUUGCUGCUUUGGAUACCAGUUUGUGUUGUGUUUUUUGAAGCCAGAGGGAUCAAAUGGAUCAAGGAUACCACACUACACAGUUUUGUAUUCAUCUCUGUUGUCAUCUAGUCUGAAAUACAUAGCUGCAUUUUAUGGCUUAA